GCCCGCCGCUCCCUGCUCGCCGACCGCCUCUCUCCGCUCAGGCAUGGCCCCUAGCACCGUGGCUGUGGAGCUGCUCAGCCCCAAAGAGAAAAACCGACUGCGGAAGCCCGUGGUGGAGAAGAUGCGGCGCGACCGCAUCAACAGCAGCAUCGAGCAGCUGAAGCUGCUGCUGGAGCAGGAGUUCGCGCGGCACCAGCCCAACUCCAAGCUGGAGAAGGCCGACAUCCUGGAGAUGGCUGUCAGCUACCUGAAGCACAGCAAAGCCUUCGCCGCCGCCGGCCCCAAGAACCUGCACCAGGACUACAGCGAGGGUUACUCGUGGUGCCUGCAGGAGGCCGUGCAGUUCCUGACGCUGCACGCGGCCAGCGACACGCAGAUGAAGCUUCUCUACCACUUCCAGCGGCCGCCGGCCGCGCCCGGCGCGCCGACCAAGGAACCCAAGGCGCCGGCGCCCACCCCGGCCAAGGCCAACGCCGCCGCCGCACACCAGCCCUCCUGCGGCCUCUGGCGGCCCUGGUGACUCGGCGGGAGGUGCGGGCUGCAGCCCCGGGACCAGAGCGGAAGAGCCUGCCCGUCCGUCCGUCCGCGCCACCUGGGACUGGGACGGCCCCUCCUCUCCAAGGCUCGCUCCAGGCUGGCGGGCCAGCGGUAGGGUCAUUCUCAAAGAAUGUGCGUGCAGAGUCCUUGUCUUUUAGGACAGUCGGGGCCCACCUUCUGCCGAGCGUCCGACCCCAUGGGGUUGUUCCGUGUUUGCAUUUCAGCAAGCGACUUCUGGGAAGUCCCCGCUGCCCGGGGUUCUAUGACAUUCGUAGGCGUCAGGGGCUCGGCCCCCUGCUGGUAGAGGACUUUCCUCAGGGCCCGCUGCCGCCGGGCCGGCGGGCCUGGGGCGCGGGCGUGCCCGCCGCGGCGCAUUUGCCUUUUGUGAAGGCGGAACUCAAGGUGCAUCCUCAUAGGAGAGAGCGUCAGCCUGGACGGGCGCGGGAGGGCCACGCGGCGCCGCUGCGGGCGCGUGGCCGUCUGCUCAGGGCUCACAGCGGGCUGUGGGGGAGGGCGGGGGGGCGCCGCCGUGACCCUUAAAGGACCCCUCUGUGUGGGUGGGCGCGCUCGGGCCUGACUGUGUACUCAGGAUCUGAACUCGGUCCUGUGGGAGCCACGGGGCUGCUCUGCGGACUUCCAAUAAAACCUGACUUGUCGGU